CGUUAAAAAAUCGGUUAUGCAGAACAUUCCUGCAUGUUUUGUCAUGAUUCGACGGCAGGUUUAGUGCAGGCUUGUGCUGCUGGCAAUGUGUAAGGUGUAUAUGGACAUCAUUGCCGUCUAGCCUAGUUCCCAAUUUGGUAACAUUGCUGCUGCUAUUUCACAGAAACCGCCAUGGAGUCCCUUCCCCCGAUCUAUUCAACCGCCACCAAUCUGAAACAGGGUUAUUCUCCGCCAUGGGAAGAUCUCAGCAUUAUUGGUAUUGCAGGGAGCUCCGGCUCUGGCAAGACUUCUGUGGCAAUGGAGAUUAUCAAGUCUCUGAAUCUCCCGUGGGUGGUCAUUCUUGUGAUGGAUUCGUUUUACAAAAGUUUGAAUCCGGAGCAACAUGAAAAGGCCCAUAGAAAUGAGUACGAUUUUGAUUGUCCCGACUCGAUUGAUUUCGAUGCUCUAGUCCAGAGUCUACAGGACUUGAAACUCGGAAAGAAGGCAAACAUCCCAAUCUAUUCAUUCAAGGAGCAUCAGCGCCAGAAGGAAACGACUCCUCUUUAUUCACCCCGCGUAUUGAUUUUAGAAGGAAUCCUGGCUCUUCAUGAUCCUAGAAUCUUAGAUCUUCUUGACGCAAAGAUCUUUGUAGAAGCUGAUAUGGAUGUAUGCCUUGGCCGAAGAAUUUUACGCGAUGUACGAGAGCGAGGCCGAGACGUUGAAGGAAUCAUCAAACAGUGGUUUACCUAUGUCAAGCCGUCAUACACCCAAUAUGUUGAACCGCAACGACAUGUUUCAGACAUCAUUAUUCCCCGAGGAAUUGAAAACAAAACAGCCAUUACCAUGGUAGUGGAACACAUUAGACGGCGACUCCAAGAAAAAUCAGAGAAACAUAAAGCAGAUCUUGAAAAAUUGCGUGCACUUGCUGCAGAGGAGAUUCUUUCUGAUAACGUCAUCAUCAUGAAACCAACACCCCAAUUCAAAGGCAUGCACACGAUCUUGCAGGAUCCUGCUACUGAACAGGUCGACUUCGUGUUCUACUUUGACCGAUUAGCCUCAUUGCUUAUCGAGAGGGCUCUGGACUGUACCGAAUAUGUCCCUGCUGCUGUUGAGACACCUAGCAAACAACGAUAUCAUGGCAUACAUCCUUUGGGCACCGUCUCUGCCGUCGCCAUUCUGAGAGGCGGAUCUUGCAUGGAGACUGCAUUGAAGCGAACGCUACCAGACUGCAUUACAGGCAGAAUUCUCAUCCAAACUAGCCCUCUAGCCUCGGAACCAGAGCUCCAUUAUCUCAAACUCCCACUAGGAAUCGAAACUCAUUCCACCGUGAUGCUUCUAGAUCCACAGAUGGCUAGUGGAGGGGCAGCGCUAAUGGCAGUCCGCGUCCUUAUUGAUCAUGGUGUUGAUGAGCACAAGAUAGUCUUUGUGACUUGCGCUGCCGGGAAAUGUGGGUUGCAACGGCUGACGGCUGUAUAUCCUGAAGUGAAAGUCGUUGUUGGGCGCAUAGUAGACGAGGAUGAGCCUCGAUGGCUUGAGAAUAGAUACCUGGGCUGCUGAUAUAUUCUAUCAGCAGGCAAAUCAUUUGUAUCAUCACUUGCAUGCCCAGCAGAUGUUGAUAUCUGGGCUUAGAUCCUCCCAGAAUUGGUGAGGAUCGUCUAUUUUGCAUUUAUCUGGCUCCAGAUUGGACUUUCAAACAGAUAGCAUAGCUUGUAGUUAGUUGUCAUUUUAUACGAACAAUUGGACAUGUGGUCUUCGUGCUAUUUAA